AUGACUGGUGUGGCUACGGGUCUGCAUGGUGUGGGGGUAGUCCAAAUCCUAAUCCACCUGAUGGCAGCUGUGAUCCCGGCUUGGGCACAUACAAUAACCCUGCAUGUCCAUAUGGAGCUUACUGUUCAACAUAUGGCUGGUGUGGAUAUGGCCAACCGUGGUGUUGAGCACGAAGUUUGA